AUGGUGAAGGUGGUGUCUCCUCAGUCAAAAUCAGUUUCCCAUGAAUUCUUCGUGUUAACAGGAGCCCAUUAUUUUUGUUAUAUAAUCUCCUUUUGCUUUUCCAAUUUCCAACAUUGGAGUUCAACAAGACCUCUUUCCUUUUCAUUCUCGAUCAUGGCUACUGCUCCACACGUUUCAUCCUUAACGGCUUCACCUCCACCGGCCGUCACUAAACAAUAUCUCGCCGGCAAACAUGUGAACACUAUCCAUCAAGAUGCUAGUAUGAUAGCACCAAGUAAAAGGGUGCCACAACCACAAGAAGAGGCAUUUGGGAAUCAAGAGGCUAAUUCUCUAUUGUCAAUAAAGGCAAAAAUCGAACAAAUUCGUAACAUGGCAGAAAAAAACCACAAGCAAAUCCGAAUAAUCGAGAAGAAAGUGGAGUCAAUCCAAUUGCAUGGGUGUUCAUACAAGACUUUUCUUAGUUGCCAACCACCAGAGUUCUCAGGGAGCACAAAGCCAACCACGAUCUUGAACUGGAUUACUGAGAUGGAGAUGGCGUUUGAUUGUUGCGAGUGUGAAGAGGAAAGAAAGGUGAAGUUUGCAGUUCGUAUGCUCAAAGGGAAGGCGUGGACAUGGUGGAACUUGACCCGAGUGUUGUUGGGUGAUGAAAUUGUGUCCCAUCUCACGUGGAACGACUUUGUUGGGAGGAUAAAGAAACAAUAUUGCUCGUAUGUGGGACAUUUGGCUCCAACCGAUAAAGAUUGUGUGGACCUCUUUGUGGCCGGGUUGCCACUUGAGUACUUGAUGGCAUCAAGAACAGCAACAACUUUGGAUAUGGCCAUUUGUGCAGCUAAGAGUGUAGAGGAAAAUGAGAAUAGGGAGGGGAAAGAUGUUGGAGAAAAGAGGAAGUGGGGAGGGUCGACAUCAUCGGGGUCCUUAAAGAAGCCAAAGGGGGAGGCUAGAUUUUGCUAUCAUUGUGGGAAAGCGGGACAUGUGGCUCGAGAGUGCCCGGAGAAUGUGGUGAUUUGCUUCGAGUGUGGAGAGAAAGGACACAUCACCACGUUUUGUCCGAAGAGAGAAAGGGAUUGAGGGUCUAGUUUGGCACCUAAGAAUAAGAACAAGGAGAUGCUCAUAGCUAUUAGAAUAACUAACUAGAACUCUUUGUGUUGUCUAGAGUAUGUUUUUAGUAUCUAUUAUUCAUGUUCUAGGAACUAACUAGGGGUUGCAACCUCACAUGAUGUCAUGUAGAGGGAACUAAAACCUGUAAAAUAUUAAAUGGAAAUAUUAG